CCUGAUUCUACUUUAACUUUGUCAACAAAGAGCGGACUUUGGCCGGAACGUUCCGCAUUAAAAAGAACCCGGAUCCCUUCGGCCUCCGCGUGCGGCAGCAUGUCGCCGGGCUGUGUUUUUAUUCCUGCAUUUCUGGUUCCGACUCUCUGGGUUUUAUUGUCGGCGGAGAACGUGACGUCGCCGACGAACUCCUCCGGGUCCAACUCGACCCAGACCCGAGUCCUGACUGGGCUGAACGUGGACAGCUCCAUGAUCCAGAGGGCCUUUUACGUUCUGAUCGGGAUCACCGCCAUCGGAAUUCUCUACUUCCUGAUCCGAGCCGUGCGGGUGAAGAAGCCGGCCCACAAGAAGAAGUACGGUCUGCUGUCGGACUACGAUGACUCGGUGGAGAUGGAGGCGAUGGAGAGCGACGAGGACGACACACUGUAUGAGGCGCGCGGCCUGCGCAGAUGACUCUUCAGAUGAUGACACCCCCCCCCCCCCCACACACACACAUACACAAAAUUAGUGUGAGAUAUUGAUCAGCAGCCUGGUAUUGAUGAUAUUGAUUACAGCUUGCUGGAGGAUGAAGGACUAAAACUCUUCCUCAGAUGUGCCAAAGUACUGUUUUGUUUUGUUUUUUUAAUGGUUUGUGACGUCAUCAGCUGUGAUGAUGUGGAGAGUUUUGCACGUUCCAGACAUUUGCUGCGGACGCGGUUACUGUUUAUUUAAGUUGUUUU